AAAACUCCAUUAACAAUGUAUCGCAAGUGUCUCCCGCUACUGUUCCUAAAUAUUUUAAUAAUUUCCGUGGAUAGUUAUUAUGUGGAUAAUCGCAUUAUUGGUGGCCAAGACGUAACAAUUGAGGAAGCACCUUGGCAGAUCGCUUUGCUCCUUAAUAAUGAAUUCAUUUGUGGUGGCAGCAUUUACAGUGAACUAUUUGUAAUAACGGCUGCGCAUUGUGUUGUAGAGAAACCUGAACAACAAUUCCAAAUUCGAGCGGGUUCUACAAACUACAACGAAGAAGGAUCGUUGAUAAGCAUAACUAAAACUCUCUGCCACGAGGAUUACAACAGUACGCGAAAAAUAAAUGAUAUUGCGGUGCUACUUCUAAAGAAACCUCUAAAGUUCAGCGAAAGCAUUCAAGCAAUUCGGCUGGCUGAAAAAGUCCCGAUCCGUGGAGUUGGGCAACGAUCACAGGCUGGGGACGUCGCAGUAACAAUUUGAGUCCAUCGACAACAUUGCAAGUGUCGCAAUUGCAAGUUCUGAGUCAUUUCUGGUGCUUGUUAGAGUACUACCCAGUAAUAUUUGACGAUAAGUUUUG